UUCCUGGGGUGGUCCUCAGGACAGGCCCAGCUCAAUGAAGGCCUUUCUCACUGCCUUCCGGGAGGUGGGAACGGCUUGUCUUCACACUCGGAGGGAGGGAGGGGAAGAUAAAAGGGGCGUUGAGAGCAGAAGUGUGUCUGGUCCCAGUGAGCUUUCUGAGUUAGGCCCGUCUCCUGCCCGCUCCCUGGAGAAGGAGCCCCCCAGGGUCCCUCAUCUCCUCGCUGGUUUCUGUCUUGCAGGUGUGGGCAAGAGCAGUCUAUUGUUGCGCUUUGCAGACAACACUUUCUCAGGCAGCUACAUCACCACAAUCGGCGUGGAUUUCAAGAUCCGCACGGUGGAGAUCAACGGGGAGAAGGUGAAGCUGCAGAUCUGGGACACAGCCGGGCAGGAGCGCUUCCGUACCAUCACCUCCACGUAUUACCGGGGGACCCACGGGGUCAUCGUGGUUUACGAUGUCACCAGCGCCGAGUCCUUUGUCAACGUCAAACGGUGGCUUCACGAAAUCAACCAAAACUGUGAUGAUGUCUGCCGAAUAUUAGUGGGGAAUAAGAAUGACGACCCUGAGCGGAAGGUGGUGGAGACAGACGACGCCUACAAAUUCGCUGGGCAGAUGGGGAUCCAGCUGUUUGAGACCAGCGCCAAGGACAACAUCAACGUGGAGGAGAUGUUCAACUGCAUCACAGAGCUGGUCCUCCGGGCCAAGAAGGACAACCUAGCAAAGCAGCAGCAGCAGCAGCAGAACGACGUGGUGAAGCUCACGAAGAACAGUAAACGAAAGAAACGCUGCUGUUAGUGGCCCAGCGACACCGCAGGGACUGCACUGCGGCCGCUCCUCGGGGGACAGUCUCAGUUCCAUGCCGUUAUUUAAAGAAUUCUCCACGUUUUUGUAUCUGAAGGCGCCAUUGGCACUUCCUCCCUUCCUCCCCCCUCGAGUGCCAAGAAGGUGUUGGACAAACCUGCCCUUCCCUGCUGGUGCCCCCACCCGGCCAAGGACGCUGCCAGCGCGGGGAGGAGUCUCCAGUGUCUGUACAUAAUGUCUAUUGCGUGAACCAGCCGUCCCCCGCCCCCACCCCUCCCUCGUCCUGCUCUGCCUUUUGUCUCCUUAACUCCACAGCCUGCUGCAGCAGACCCUCACCACCCCACCGGCUCCGUGAGCGGCCGCAGCUUCCUGGAGACAGGACCGGCCUGGCCGCCUCUUCUGCAAGCCGGGCUGGGGGCCUGGGCACCCUGCUGCUCUCGUCUCUCCCUAGGCCGUUGGCCUUUGCUGCCACCUUGAGCCUGACCUGUAAGCACCUGGCACCUGGGAAGCCAGGUCUCCAGAUGGUCUCCUUCUGCAGGCCCUAGCCCCUCAUCCCAGAGGCCUCCAGCUCGGCCUCCGAGUCUCCAGCCCAGGGAAGAGUAGGUGUCGACUCCGUACCCAAACGUCUCAGGCCCGUGGGGAGGGAGGGGAUGCGAGUGCAGAGGUGUGGCCAGCGGCGCGUAGAGGAGCACUCGACAGCGAACUAAAGCCAAAUCAGACGAACCGAGUUCCUCGUGCAUCUCCUCUCCCCCGGCUUGGACCCCCACUGCGAGUCCUGUCAGGAAACCUGGACGGGGCUCUUGGCAGAGCAGCUCCUGCCCUCCGUCUGUUUCUUGGUGGGGACAGGUCCCUGUGGUCAGUCCAGGGUCUCCACUGGAGUUCCUGGGACUAAGGUGUAGCACCAAGCACCUCAGAAUAUGGGUGGGGGCUGGGGAGCUGCUGGGCUGACAGGCAGCUGUGGAUACUGACAGUUUGAGUACAAAGUUGAAAGCGUUUCCCAACCAGUAGGGAGGACCGGGCAGGGGCUUCACCCUGAUGACUGCUGCCUGCGCCUCAGGACCACGGGCUGGGCGUUCCCACCCCAGGGUUGUCUUUGCUCCAUUCCCUUUCCGAGACCAUUUCCCGGCGAGGCCUGAUGGGACAAUCACUCCCGGCUCACACCUCGGGCUCUCUGGACAAGACUAUCUAGUUGGAUUAUAAUCAAAAUCGAGCCAUUCUUCCGAAUACUCUCUCCACUUGCCCAGGCCACCAAAAGCCCCUGGCUCUGUGGCAGGCUGUUGGUGGAGCUGCAGUGGGGUGGGGAGCUCUGGGCCAGAGUGGCUGUGGCCCCCAGUGACUGGCAGCACCUUCCCAUUUGGGCUAGGCCCCAUGCAGGCCAAUCCUGGCAAACAGGUGCUGUGACGAUAAGAGCCGGGGCUCUAGGGAAGGUGGGUGGGUGAGCCUGAGGGCUUCUGGCCACUGGGUGUCCAGUCCCCGUGGUGUGUGGUUUGGGGACUACAGGAUGUAGUCUGAAUGUCACCAUGACAGAUUGGGGGGUGGGGGUGUGUGGCUCAGGGCUGGGCCGGUGUCCUGGUGGACCUGAGGAAAGCUUCCUGUCCAACAGCACUGCUCAGUGGUUUGCUAGGACGAUUUCUGUACGGAAAAUUUCUAAUUAUGCUUUUUAAAAAAAUUACUAAAAAUAAAGGUUCAAGCUGCCAA